AAUUUACAGAAUCGGCAGGCAGUGAUUAGCAGUGGUGAGAAAACAACUUGGAGGAAGGUACGCGCGGCUUCGGUGAUCGUCUCUUUCAUUGGCAAGUUUCGCACAAGACGAGUACGAAGCAAAGACUUGGUUAUAGAGAUGUAUCUGACUCCUGCCACCCUCUAUGCUCUCAGAUUAUCCUUUCAGCAGGGAGCCGUAUCGUCCGUGUUCCGUAAGAAUAUGGUUGAACGUAAUAUCACAACGUCCGCAUUUAUUCUUGCGACUGUCGGCUUAUCUAUGAGCAUAUUUUCUGUGAGAAAGAUGCUGAGCUCUAAACACCAUGGUCAUUUGUAACAACGUCGUACAAAUCAGCAGCAACAAAUCAAUUCCAAAGAGAGGUCGAGAAGGAAGGGUUUUCGUUAAAAUGAUUCAUCUAAUCUGAUCAUCGUAAAUCCGUGUCCUGCGACGAAAGUUUGUCAUCGAAUGUUGAAAUAUCGGCCAAAUCGGAGUAUUUCUUUAUAAUUGCAAUUUGCAUCCGACAUCAAGAAUCUUGUGUCAUUUGGAUGUUUUAACUAUCAUCAUGAUUGAUUUUCGUCUAAGCAUGUUAAAUGUACACGUGAUUUUGUAUUUUAGUACUCAUCUCGAGAUUUUCCGAAGAGAUUUUAAAUACACAAAGUAUACUUAAGAAUCGAGUAAUACGCUUGGAUGUAAAUCAGCCAAUUGUGUUAGAAGCUUCUUUAUUUGUUUGAUAAAUUGUGCGAGACUGAAGAAUGAAUUGGACGGUAAUCGAUUUGUAAAAACUUAUUUUAAGAAUGUCAUCAAUGGUUCAUUGCGAUUGUUGCUGCAAAAUACUUCACGAACGCUGAUUGUUAAGUUGUAUAAGCACAACAUUGUACACUUGUAUAGAUUGUAUUCAUUUUGUCGUAGUCGAUGAUACAAACAUUUUGCCAUGCAAGUUAUCAACAAAUUUUUAUGUGUAGACUUUAUGUUUUUUACCUGUCCUCUAAUUCCCCAAAUUUUGUUCACGUUCUUUUAGUAAAAUGUUAUCACUUAUCUAAGCAUUGAAUUGUAACAUGUAGAUGUUAGGACACUAAACAAAGAUGUCAUAUUUACGUGUUCUUUUUAAAUAUCGUGACUUCGUUUUAAUCUAUUCGCCACCGAGGACUAGUAAAAGCAACAAAUUCAUAUUUAUUAGACUUAACAUGUACAUUUAUUUAUUUAUUUAUACAACCUCACACUCGAUAUUCUCAUGUAACAUAUCUCGUCUUUAUUCUUCGACACAUGCAUUCUAUCAAUCUCUCAAUCUUUCGUUCCGUUAUUCAUUUAGAUGAUUUUAUGCACACAGGGAAACGAUCGACGAGAUUAAAUUGCUGACACAUCGCUCGUUAAAUGAAUUUCACGUUUCUUUAAUCAUGUAAAAAAAUAUCGGAUUUCUAGAAAUUAUCAUUUUUUAGUCGAUCCUUCCCUUUUAUGCACGCGGUUUAUCAGCACACAAGAUACAUAAGUAUAAGCUAUAGAAUUAAAAGAUUCGUGAUCGUCGGACCGCUCAAUUAUUCGGCGGGUCAAGACACGCUGUGAAUAUACCUUGCAAUAAAACUGAAGGAUAAAACAUAACGAUGAUCAACGAUACGACGCAAUUAACAAUGGUAACAAUUUAAAGAAUUUUUCAAGGAAAGAAGUAUGUAGAUAUAGAAAAGGUGUCACAUACAAAGGAUGAAUUGUAUCUCGAACUUAAAAAGAGAUAGAAAAAAGUAUUGGUAUUGGAGUAAAAAGGUGAAUGGUUUCGGGACGACACAUUAUUUGAUACAAAUGAUUCUUAGAACUAGAUGAGAGCGUCAAGGGAUCAUUAAACAAAACAAAAUGAGGUCAGUGACUUUUCUCUGCAUCUUUACCUAGAAAUCAUUUAUAUCAAAUUAUAUGCGCCGCCGAACAAUAUAUUCUUUUCUAUCUCUUACUAAAUUUGUGAUAGCGUCCAUUCUAAUUAUGUAACAUGCUCUAUAAACAACAGCGCUGAUAAUUGAACGAUUCGUGCGCGCGUGAAUCUCGACUAUUAUAAUUAAUCGACGUUCUUGUACUUAUAAAAAAACAACUUUGGCAAUUGCUACGCUUAACAUACUUUGGCAAAUUAAACGCGUCUCUCAA